ACCGAGUGGUCGCUGAUAUAACUGUAGCAGCGUGGACUCUUCGCAUUUCUGUGAUUACAGUCACUUUUGAUCCGGAAAAAAAUUGCCGCCAGGCUGCUCAUAGAUAGUGUUAAAUCCGUUUUGACGAGCCAGGAUACUCCAACUUGAAAUUACGAAGAUGCCCCUGGCACAACUAGCUGACCCUUGGCGGAAGAUGGCACUUGGGAGUGCGGCACGCGAGGAUGCCCAUCAUGUCUUGGAAGAUUCCAUGGGAGAGGAUGACAACUUACUAUGUCAACAGGACGAGGUGUCAGUGAAAGAGAUCAGCAUCACACACCAUGUGAAAGAGGGCUCAGAGAAAGCUGAUCCACGGCAGUUUGAGCUGAGGAAAGUCCUGGGGCAAGGCUCCUUUGGGAAGGUUUUCUUGGUGAAGAAGAUCACGGGGCCUGAUGCUGGGCAGUUAUAUGCCAUGAAGGUCCUGAAGAAGGCCACACUGAAAGUGAGAGAUCGGGUGAGGACCAAGAUGGAGCGAGACAUCCUGGUUGAGGUUAACCACCCCUUUAUUGUAAAGCUGCACUAUGCAUUCCAGACAGAGGGGAAGCUCUACUUGAUCUUGGAUUUUCUCAGGGGAGGAGAUCUGUUUACCCGUCUGUCAAAAGAGGUGAUGUUCACAGAAGAGGAUGUGAAGUUCUAUCUGGCGGAGCUUGCUUUGGCGCUGGACCAUCUGCAUGGACUGGGAAUCAUUUACAGAGACUUAAAACCAGAGAACAUCCUGCUGGAUGAAGAGGGCCACAUCAAGCUGACGGACUUUGGGCUGAGUAAAGAGUCGAUUGAUCACGAGAAUAAAGCCUACUCAUUCUGCGGUACAGUGGAAUACAUGGCUCCGGAGGUCGUCAACCGCAGAGGACACACCCACAGCGCUGAUUGGUGGUCCUAUGGCGUGCUCAUGUUUGAAAUGCUUACUGGAACACUGCCUUUCCAAGGAAAGGACCGCAAGGAAACCAUGACCAUGAUCCUAAAGGCCAAACUGGGGAUGCCCCAGUUCCUGAGCGCAGAAGCACAGAGCCUCCUGAGAAACCUGUUCAAACGAAACCCAGCCAACAGAUUAGGUGCUGGUCCAGAUGGGGUGGAAGAGAUUAAGAGACACCAGUUUUAUGCCACCAUUGACUGGAAUAAAUUAUUUCGGAGAGAGAUUCAGCCCCCUUUCAAACCUGCUGCUGGCCGUCCUGAUGACACAUUCUACUUCGACCCUGAAUUUACUGCUAAAACACCCAAAGACUCACCAGGAGUGCCCCCCAGUGCUAAUGCACAUCAGCUCUUCAGAGGGUUCAGCUUUGUGGCCAUCACUUCAGAGGAGGAAAGCCAACCUCUACCCAGCAGCAACGUCAGUUCUAUAGUACAGCAACUCCAUAGAAACACAGCCCAGUUCGGUGACGCCUACGAGGUGAAGGAGGACAUCGGCGUUGGUUCUUACUCCAUCUGCAAGCGCUGUAUACAGAAGAGCACGGGCAUGGAGUACGCAGUGAAAAUCAUUAAUAAAGCUAAAAGGGACCCCACGGAAGAGGUGGAGAUACUGCUGCGAUACGGCCAACACCCUAACAUCAUCACGCUGAAAGAUGUGUAUGACGACGGUCGCUCCGUGUACCUUGUGACGGAGCUUCUGAAAGGAGGAGAGCUCCUGGACAAGAUCCUCAGACAGAAGUUCUUCUCUGAGAGAGAGGCCAGCGCAGUGCUCUACACCAUCACAAAGACCGUGGAGUACCUGCAUUCACAAGGGGUGGUUCACAGAGAUCUGAAGCCCAGUAAUAUUCUCUACGUGGACGAGUCGGGAAAUCCCGAGUCCAUACGGAUCUGCGACUUCGGCUUCGCCAAACAGCUUAGGGCGGAGAACGGCCUCCUCAUGACCCCCUGCUAUACCGCCAACUUUGUCGCCCCCGAGGUGCUGAAGAAGCAGGGCUAUGACGCAGCCUGUGAUAUCUGGAGCCUCGGUGUUCUGCUGUACACCAUGCUGACAGGGUUCACACCAUUUGCUAACGGCCCAGAGGACACUCCAGAAGAGAUCCUUGUACGCAUUGGCAGUGGAAAGUUUUCUCUAACAGGUGGUUACUGGAAUUCUGUCUCCACUGAGGCCAAGGACCUGGUAUCCAAGAUGCUUCACGUAGAUCCACAUCAGAGGCUCACAGCCGCACAGGUUCUACGGCACCCCUGGAUCGUCCACAAAGAUCAGCUCCCCAAAUAUCAGCUUAACAGGCAGGAUGCUCCACACCUCGUCAAGGGCGCCAUGGCUGCCACAUACUCCGCCCUAAACAGAAAUGUCCCCCCAGUGCUGGAACCAGUAGGUUGCUCCACCCUCGCCCAACGCAGAGGAGUAAAAAAACUCACCUCCACCGCCCUGUGACCUCACACCUUUAACCUCUAAUCGCCUCACCUGGCGUGAGAGUAGUACGGCCUCUCGCCCGCCACUAGAGGAGCCUGGCCCUUGGCCCUGCCGCCCAGGGGCUCCCUGAUGCCAAAACAGGAGCUCAGAAAGAGACAUCCCCUGAUGAACUGAAUCUGAAUCUUCCCUGCCUGCUUACCGAGAGGAUAAAACAAAAAGUCUCUGCUUGUACAGUCACUGUCGCACCACUCCAAAAUCCGCCUAAAGCAUCAGGAUAAUCUCUGUAGAGCACUUAGCUUUUCCAGAGGGAACGAAAGACGCGCAUGCUAAACGACGCGCAUACGAACCCCGUUUGUCGGAAAGACUUCCAUUAAAGCCAAAAGGCUCUUUAAGCUAUUGCACCGAGGGCUCACGGCUGGUCUAGAAAGAAUUUUAGCAACUGAAGACGUCCGUCACACACCCGCGUACAUUAAUGAAUUUCUCUGCCAUUGAGAAAAGCCUUCCCCCUC